AACCACUUAUUUAAGGUGACGCCUAUUUGUAAGAGUAAUAACGUGAAAUAUGAUAAUGAAUCCAUCAACUUUUAUGAUUUGAUAUCACAUACUCGAUCUCCUAUUGACAAAUGGUCUAUCAAUGUGAAUGAUAUUAUACCCUCUUUACCUUAUUUCAAUGGAGGUUUUCAGAAAGAUGCUAUACGUUUUUUGUUAACUCGUGAAUUAAAUCCAUCGAGCGAUUAUCUGUCAAGAAAUUCGUUUGUUGUUUUGCCAACGACACCAUCAUUAUUAUUUUCCCCUAUUUCAGGGGCUAUGAACUUUGGAGGAAUUUUAGCGGAUGAAAUGGGCUUAGGAAAAACAGUCGAAAUACUCAGUCUAAUUAUGACUCAUCAACGUGAUGGUAGUGUUUCAAUGAGUGAUGAGAAGGUUGAAAUAAUUGAUGAGAUCAGAAUUAUAGUUAAUGAUUUAAUAUCGAACGUUGUUGCUUCUAUCGACGGUUGUGAAAAACUUUUCAAAAAGGUAUUUUAUUCGUGUUAUUAUCACAUUAUCUUAGACGAUAUUUUACCGAUUCGAGCAACACUGAUUAUAGCUCCAGCUACAAUAUGCCAUCAGUGGUAUGAAGAAAUAAAACGCCAUAUACGGUCAAACGUUGCAGUAGAUAUGGUCGAGAACACGAAUAGUAUUAUAUCGGAAAUGUGUUGGAAAUUAUCUGCGGUGAAUCGUUGGUGUAUAACUGGUACACCUAUUGUUAACUCGCUAGAAAAUCUUUUUGGAUUGGUUUGCUUUCUUGGAAUUGAACCAUUUUGCAAUCAGACAUGGUGGAAAAAUUCAAUUUGGUUCCCUUAUCAAAAUGGAAUAGUUUCCCCUUUAAUCAAUUUAUUUUCAAAAAUUAUGUGGAGGAACAAGAAAAUCGAUGUUUCGAAACAGGUUUCGUGA